CCCUCACACACAGCCACACACUUCCUCCCUCGUCCCCAUCUCUCUCCCGCACGAACCCCUCUUGCCGCCGCCAUCACCAACGGCGCCCUGAUCCAGGCGACCUCCGGUGAGGAUAGACGGUGCCAAGCACACAACAUGGAUCCCCUUGCUCUGCUCCUCCCCUAUCCCGUGCUUCUUCCCACCCGCGCGCCCGUGCCAAACCCUACCGCGCGUGUGAUCCCGCGUCCGCCCCGAUCUGCGAGAUGUGGCGCGACUGAGCACACACACACAGUGACGCGCAGGGGAAGAGGAGGUUUCCCCCGAUCCGGCGCACGACAGGGAGCCCGCCGCCUGACACGGCGGGGCGAGGGCCCCCUCCGACGCGGGGCGGACCUUCCUGCAUGCCGGGGCGGCCCGCCGGCGCCCAGAUCUGAGAUGGCCGACGGCGGCGCCCAGGGGCUUCGUGCGGUUCAGGGGCGCGGUGCAGGAAGAACUGCAUGAUGGUGGCACCUUCCACCAUGGUCGCCGAAUUACUGAUUGGGAUCAAGCACUGGUGGAAAAAAAGCACCUAUGCUUAUCUGAAUGAGCCGGCAGUGACCGCAUCGGUGGAUAUAUUCCAUUUCUUGCAGAACUCUUCAAGAUGUGGCAGCUCAAGGGCGAGGUUGGCGCCAUCUCCAGGGCCGACGGCUCGGCGCUCUUCGAGAUGGGCAACACCAGGGUCAUCGCCGCCGUUUACGGGCCCCGAGAGCGAACAGACGGUCUGCCGUAGCUUGGUCCUUGAAGGCGGGUCUAUGGGACUCUCUCAAAUCUGGUGUAAUGUUCUUGUAGGAUGACAAGUUGUCGCAUCUCGAGCAUGUCU